AUGUCAGAUACAGGAUCGGCGACAAAUCGGAAGAGAAAUGGCUAUAGAGAGUGCGACGAUCCAGAAUUGGCAGAGAGCCCCAAUGGACUCGAUCAUUACCCACCAGACACUGUCACCUGGAGAGAUCGUGUCGCUCACUUCACCUGGCCCUGGUUCGCAUGUACCAUGAGCACGGGCGCGCUGUCUGUUGUCCUAGGUAAUACACCAAAUCAAUUCACUGGUCUACAAACCAUUGGCAAAGUCUUCUUCAUCUUGGCCCUUGUUUUGUUCAUUGCAUUCACUGCUAUCAUUGCCACUCGAUUCAUUCUGGUACCACAAAAGUUCCUGGCUUCGUUACAUCAUCCGGUCGAAUCGCUAUUCUUUGGAAGCUAUUGGGUGACGAUCAGUCUUCUUCUCAACUGUAUGCAAUUGUACGGCGUACCAAACACCGGACCCUGGCUAAUCAAGGCACUCGAAAUCCUCUUCUGGACUUACUGCGCUGUGGUUCUCAUAGUUGGCAUUGGACAAUACUAUAUUCUUUUCCAGCUGGAGCGACUAAAGGUCAACAAUGCAAUGCCCGCCUGGAUUUUCCCAAUUUAUCCUCUGCUUGUUGUUGGUCCUCUCGCCAGUACAAUAAUCCCGGAUCAACCCCAUUCCGCAGCUGUCCCCAUUUGGAUCGGUGGAGUUAUGCUUCAGGGUGUCGGAUGGUGUGUCGCUCUCAUGAUGUACGCCAUCUACACACAGAGAUUAAUGGUUAGCGCCCUGCCGGACCCCUCGACUAGGCCGGGUAUGUUCGUGUCAGUGGGACCUGCUGGCUACACUGCACAUGCUCUCAUAUCUCUCGGUCGCCAGGCUCCAACAGUGUUUGGCGACCACGAAAUGUUCGGAAUUACAUCCAUUCCGGUCGGAGAUGUCAUCAAGAUUGUUGGCAUUCUCGCUGGCUUCUUUGUGGUUCUCUUCUCCUUUUGGUUUUUCUGCGUGUCUACAGUCUCGGUUAUUGCUGGAAUCAAGGAAAUGUCGUUCACGCUGAACUGGUGGGCAUUUGUCUUCCCCAAUGCUGGCCUUACACUGGCAACCAUACAAACUGGCGGCGCUUUGAGCAGCGCUGGCGUCAAUGGUAUUGCCAGUGCUUUGACGAUUGGUCUGGUCAUUAUGUGGAUCGUCUGUGCAAUUGCACAUAUCCAAGCAGUGAGGAAGGGUAACGUCAUGUGGCCUGGAAAGGAUGAAGACAAGACGAUGAACGGUAUCAGAUGGGGAGCACACGCUGCGUGA